AGGGGUCCAGUACGUACGUACCUGUAAACCAUCAACAGUACCGGUAAUAGAGGAAAAGCAAUUUGUAAUCCCCUUCUUCUGAUACCCUACGCUAACUUUUGAAUGCGAGACCGAAGAGAUAUUCUUUGAAGAGUUCUCAAACUGCCUCUCAACCGACUUACGUCCAGCUCAUUGCUAUAUUUUCAAUACAAAAAAGGAACAAGGAGAGGGUAAAGAAACGAUGACGACAAGCCUCGUUGCUAGCGUUACGGCUGUUGGAAUUCUUAGUUGUCUGAGUCCCCUUUGUCAAUGUUUUACCAAUGACAUGCCGUUACGGGCUUCCGUUGGAAGCGUUAUUGAAAGGGACCGACGUCAUGGAAUGCGAGAGCACUUUCUUCUUGCGUUGUCUGCUCAUGACGAAGCUUUCCAAGAUUGGUCAUCAGAUAGCAGAAUCGAUGUUCGAAACUUAUUGACACAACGAGCGAUACAAUCGUUCAUGUUUCUUUGUGAAGAAUGCCGCGAUCCUCACUCGGGGAAAUGGAUCGAAGACUUCCUAAAGACACAGAAUCUACUCAAUUACCACGGUACAGGCGCCAGCUUUAUGGCGGACGUCCCUUGGGACGGGCCACUGUUGGAACUAAUGGAUCAACCAGAAGAUGUAAUGAUAGUGAGCGCGAAACGUCGCGGAAGAGGCCACGGGGGCUGGAGCAAAAACAACCCUUAUCUACAGGACCGAUACGUGGAAUUUAAAAUUACUAUUGACCCCGCUUCGUUGACUGAUCGCAUUCUUGCUGUUAGAGAGCAACUUGCCGCGGAGUGGGUGAAUGAUCUAGAAAUCUUGGGGAGAGCGAACCAACAAAUCCUGGAUUCCUACUUUCAACUAGCAAAAGACGAGCGCAACCAAGAUCCUGCGAUGUCACCAGCUGUUGCGUUUGAACGUACAGCUGUGGACGCUCUGAACUCUCAUACAUCGUUUGGUGCCUCGGGCUCGCCGUUUCGCAUGGGUAGUUUUGAUUUGCUUUACAACCUUUGCACCCAAGCUAGCAUUCAUCGUCUGCUUCGGUCCCUUGGCGACAAGGGCGACGAUGCAAACCUCGAGUUGCUUCGUGAUUUCUACGUAGAUCGCCUCGAAGAUUUUUUUGACGGCGAUCUUCCGUUUGGAAAAGCAGGUGCGUUCUUGAGCGAUUUGAAAAAUCAGUGAUCGCAACGAAACCCGCACAUAUAUUUUACAUGUCUAACCCAUUCUUAUCAUUCAUUAACCUUUCCGAAACAGACGAUUUUAUUGAAGAACUGUUGCUUCUGUCGCCGUCAAUAAUUCAUCGUGACAACGGCAAUGUCGCACUCACCGAUCCAUUUGGAAUUUCCGAGCAGAUAAUAGAAUUCAGGAAUGACAUCUUUUCGGAAUGGAUUGAAGCCAUGAAACUAGUUCCUACCGCACACCAGGACGGAGUCAGAAAACGGCUUCUCAACAAAAGGAUGGAAGCCUGGAACGAAUACACGAGAAAGUCCAAAGGUAGUGGUAAUACUGGUGCAGGAUUUCAAUGAUUGCCAAAUCAAGGCAUUCGCAUGCUUGGAUACCGAACAUGACAAGUACUUUAGCAAGUAAUACUGUCAAUUAGUAAUAUUAAUUUUCACAAAGUUUCUUCGCACCCAUGCGAAUAAGGAAAGGAAGAGAAUUAUUGUCAAAAUGAUGUAUAUCUAUAGCGGUUCUGAUUCUUCGAUGAUCGAUUCUUUUUCCGUUUGGGUCUUGUCGAUUAUUGUGGUAAGUUAUAUAUAUUUUAGUAGCAUACCUAGUCUUGAAAUUAAUUGUCGUCGGAGGCUUUCUUUUCUUCUAUUUUCUUUCCUUCUUCCCGCCCGAUCACCUUCAGGCCUGUUUCGUCCGUAAUUUUCUCAACCACUCCGGCUUCUUCAAGAUUUUUAUUCAAUAUUAGGGCUUGAGAGGCUGCCAUAGAAUCAGCCUUCUCGUAGAGAUCCUUCAUUUUACCAAAAACCCCUUUCUUAUCGUCGCUUUCGCCUCCCAUGCCUGUCGUCUCGACAUCAUUUGUAGAAGAAGUUUCUUCUGCUGGUGUACUUUCCUUAGAUAGCACGGAAGUUGCUUCGGUAGUAUCAUCCAUUACCACUUCGGAAAUUGCUGCUAGACGCUUUUUCUCCUUUCCAGAUCGUCUCUUUUUCUUACUUUUACUCAUGCCGCCUCCUCCGGUCUUCUUCGUCUGUUUUUGUUCGCGACGGCGUUCCAACUCUUCGUAAAUUUUUUCAGCAUUGAUACGCUGGGAAUCAAGUUCGGCUUCUGCCAUCAAUCCCGAUCCUCCACCAAACAAUAGAGUAAUGAUACCACCAAUUUUAUUAGUGAACAAAAAUUUGAAAAUGGGAUUUGAUAACACCCACCCGAAACCGUUCGCUUCUAGAACAUAAAGGCUGUUGGGUGUCCCCGGGUCGGCUGCUGAUGCAACAACCGUAGCAGCAUUCAUGGCAGUUUCUCUGUCCCGCAUAUCGGUCAAAAAUCCAUUGAAAGAAGCCAGGAUGAUUCCGAAAAGAGCCAUUGUGGCGUAGAUUGCCACCCGUGUUCCGCGAUCUUUAGCCGCUGGAGUAUUGGCUUCUGCCUUGUAUAUUUCAUCUCGAAGUUCUUCAGGGAUUUUUGAAUCAUACGGACUGAGAAACUCCAAUAGUUUAUUGUAGAGGCGCGUAUUCCCACGACGAGUGGAAGGCGAUCCGUGUUUCUGUUGCAAUUGGUAUGGAACUGUUGCUGUAGCUCUCGACUGAGUCCUCCGGGUGGAACAAAGCCGAUUGCUCGUUGGUACAACCCAAGCCGACACACCAGAUAAUGAACAGCAUAUGAAGCCGAUUAUAAACAGUUUUACACCAA